GUCCAGCCACAUAUCAGCGACCCGGUCGCUUUUUAAUGUCUACCAUGAGUCCAAGGGCCCACUUUGUCUCCUUCAAAGCUUCAAAGCGAAAAGAUUCACCAUCUAUGGUCCAGUUCUCAAUGUCUAAAUCUUGCCGCUUCUAAGACCACAAAACAAUGGAAUCUUCUUUGAGUUCUUUGCCUCCAGUGGACCUCUCCGAGAACCGCCAACCAAACCUCUAUGCCUCCUCGACCAUCCCUUUUUCGUUAGCCACCAUCUGCGUGGUGCUUAGAUUCUGGUGUCGCUGGGUCAAACGGACACGCCUUUGGUAUGACGACUGGCUGGUUCUCGUUGCGUGCGUGUGCUCUGCCGGGUUAACAGCCAACAUGCUAUGGUGGAUACCUCGUGGACUUGGGAGACACGUCCAGACGUUUGGGCCCAAUGUGGUCGAAUACUUUAGCAUCGGCCUCUUUACCGCCGAACUGACUUACACGGGCGUCAUCGUCUUUGUAAAGUUCUCCAUCCUGGCCUUUUACUGGCGCAUCUUUGCGGAAAGCACCAGCAUCAAACUUCCCAUCGCCGUCAUGGCAUCCGCAGCAUUCAUGUGGGGUGUGGCCGUGUUCCUCCUCACCGUGCUCCAAUGCAUCCCGACCAGAGGCUUCUGGGACAAGACGAUCGAAUCUUCCUGCAACGUCGACAGCCAGAAGUUCCUCUUCGCCAUUUCAAUCCCAAACAUUCUCAUCGAUGUCAUCCUUCUGGCCAUGCCUACUCCAUACGUGUUGAAGCUCAAUCUCCGGAGUGGCCAAAAGAGGGCUAUCCUUUCAAUCUUCUUCCUGGGUGGAUUUGUCUGUAUUGCCUCCAUCAUGAGACUAGUUGCCGUUGUGACGGAGAAGACAGAUGCCGAUGUGACCUGGAACCUGAUCAACCAAGCCAUAUGGGCCGUGGUUGAAGCCAACUUUGCAAUCAUCUCGGCAUGUCUCCCGACGCUGCGUCCCGUUUGGCUGGCUAUCCGCGGAGCACGCCACCGUGUCGAGCCCUCAAACGCCCCCAAGCAGCCACCCACCAUCGGAGGCUCAUCACAAAAGCGUACUCCGGCUUCAUGGGCCACCCUGAUUCUCAAGUCAGCCGCCAAUGCCACCGUCGUCGAUAACGACUCUGAUUCUCAACCAUUCGCCGAGCGUGGAGUUCAAAGCGUUUCUCACGAUGACCUCGGCGAUAGAUUAGUGCCCGGCUCACAGAAGACCAUGGGAACGGCUGAGGCUAUCCCGCUGUCAGAGAUGGAUGAUAGACAGGUUCCUCAGAGACAGGAGGGAAUUAUCAUCAAGAAUGGUUGGGAUGUGCAAUACAGCUUGUCGCCGCCAAAACGUGAUGGGGCGUAGUCAAGACGCCUUCAUGUAUGACUUGACAUCAGUGACCGCGUGGCUAGUCUCCAUCUCAGUACUCACCGCGUUAUUCCGUCCCGGUUCUCAACUUGAACGUCGUGUGUCAUCAACUUGCAACAUGGACGGCCCGAAAAU